AUGGCGAGUACCGGCCGUCCCUCUGUCUCUAAAGCGCCUCGAAAAUCGUCGUGUCAUCUCGAAGUGCCGGUGACGCUUUCCCUCUUCCUCGUGACCCUCGCGCACUUCGCGCCGCAAAUUGCGGCCAACAACUGCCCUUCGUUCCGGCCAAUCGGCGUCGACUGUCCUCCCGCCACGUCAGGAGCAUCCGCGUCCACAUCCGACGCCGCAAAUCCCGCCUGCAAAUCACAGGCCUACUUGGGCCGAUUCGCCGUGCAGGGCUCGAAGCGCUUCCGCCUCCCAGCUCUCCCGCACGGCGUUCCGCUUCCGCCGGGCGCGCUCGCGGCGGACUGCUGCGCGGAGUGCCAGCAGCGCGCGGACUGCGCCUACUGGAACAUCCUGCUCCGCCCGCGCCGCUGCCUGCUGUUCGCUGCUGACGUGUGCGCCGCGGACGGGCCGGCGGUAUUUCUUCCUGGCGAGGAGAACGCCUUCGUCGGGACUCGCUACUGCAACGCAACGAAGUCUGUAACGCGAACAACGCCCAACACCGCCGAUACCACACAAGACGGCAGCACACCUUCCGAGAGUGCGCUUUCCCUUUUCGAGGACGCUAUUGACGAGGAUGAGCAGGAGGCGGCGGAGGGGCAGGCGGAGGAGAGAGCAGAAGCGGAGGAGGAGCAUGAUGCGCAUGUCAUGGGCGUGUUGGAAGGGGACAUGGCGAGAAUGCAAGCAGAGGAGGCGGAAGAGUUGAAUAUCGUGGAAGCAGCCUCUCAAGUCACGAGCCAAGCAGCAGCCAUGGAAGCAGAGAAGGCGGCGAGAGAAAACAAAGAGGAGGCGAAGAAAGGAACAAUCGCAGAGCAGGCUGCGUGGAGGGACCUGGAGCAGCAGGAGAUUCCGGCAAAACUGACCUCAUAUGAAAUGCUGGAUGCUGAUGCUCUUGCCGCAAACCAAGCAGCAGCAAUGGAGGAAGAAGCGGCGGAGAGGAGGGCAGAUGCCAGCGUAGCCGCGCUGAAAGACCUGGAGGAGCAAGAAAUCCCGGUGAAGCUAACCUCUUAUGAGAUGGUGGAUGCUGGUUCGCUGGCUGACAGGCAAGCAGCGGCAAUGGAGGAGGAGAGAGAGGAGAGGCAGGAGAGUGAGAGAGCAGCAGUGCUGCGGCAGCUGGAGGAGCAGGAGAUUCCCGUGUGGCUUAACCUGAGAGGGCACUCUGCCUUCCACACGACGUCCUGA